CAACAGAUUUGUAAAGCUGAAAAGGAGCUCAUGGAAUUGGACAACGAAGUUGAAAAAACUAAAGAGAGAAAGCAAUCGAUGACUGAACACAUGAAAAGUGCUAAACAAGAGCUGAAGUACGCUGAGGCUCUGCUGAAGACAAAGGAACAAGAGGUGGAGUUGGAGCAUCACCUGACUGCCCUUGCCCAGAGGGAGUCGGGCCGUCUGGCUCAGCAGUCAGCCAUGAUUCAGAAAGAACUCAGGUUUUUAAAGGAACAGAGAGAGGGGAUAGAGAAAGCCUUGUUUACAACAAAUGAGAAACUUGAGGAGUUUAAGCAUCAGAUGAACUGGGACCAGCAGACGUUGGAUGCCUUCUUGGAGGAGUCGACUCUCAAAGAGGAAGACACGAUGGCCAUCAUCAAGUACGCUCAACAAGAUGAGCAAAGAAUCAAAUCCCUCACUCUGGAUAUUGAGAGGAAGACAGUGGAGGCCAAUGAAAAGCACAAGACACUUGAGAAAGAGGUGACAGAGACGAGAUCUGCACAGAUGGGUUUGGAUAAGACGACAGAGAUCUCGCAGCAGGUUCAUUUAGAAAUCCAGCAGCUCAUUCGUCAGUGGGGAAAUUCUAUCAAGCAGAUGAAGCAGCAGGACUCUGAGAUGCAUCAGUGUGCACUGCAACUUGCUCAGGCUAACCAGAAGAUCAGGGAAAACAAAGCCACCGUCUCAGAGAGCAAGAAUUUACUGGAUAUUCAGAAGAACAACAACAAGGAAAUUGAAAGGAAAAUCACUGUAGCAAAGACGCAGUCAGCAAAACUACGACAGGAUCUAAAGGAGCAGGAGACUAACUUCAUCAGGCUGCAGGAUGAGCUGAAUAGCUACACACACGCCCUGAACAGAUCGAGCUCUGAUGUGAAGUCUCUGAUGUCCAGUAUUUCCAGGACAAAGAAAGAGCUUCUGGACAACAAUGAAAAACUAAAGAAGGCCAGGGUCCACAACGCUGCACUGGAGGAGAAGCUACAAGCUGUGACUCAGUCUGCUCUGAGCGAGGAGGAGAGAGCUGCUCAGAUGGAGGAGUUCCUGAAAGAGACAGAGCAGGCCAUCAAGGAGUUAACUGUUCUGCAGCAGAGCCUCAUGGGGGAGCUGCUAGGUCACAGACAGCAGCAACAGCUCCUCCAGGCAAAGGAAAAAGAGAGUAUCAUGCAGGUUUCCAGGAGUAAAUCCACUAUUAGUGGCCUGCAAAGCCAACUCAGAAAGCUGGAGAAAGCACUGAGCAAACAGCAGAGGACCAUGAAAGCCCAGGACACUGAGAUAAACAAGCUCAAUAUAAAACUAGAGUGGCUGCAGGGGGACAUUCACUCAGAAGAGAGACAAAUGUUGGAGUUAAAGAUUGCUGAGCUGCACAAAGAUCUGGAGGAAAAGGAAAAGGCAGACAAGAAGCUCAGCAACGUCCUCAAAGAAUGUGAGGAUGGUAUUCGUCAUUUGAGGAAAGAGAUGGAAAAGUCAGAGGCUCAGAAGAAUGAUCUGAGCGAGGAAGUAAAAAAGCUUGAGCUUGUUUGUGAGGGCAGUGAGAAGGAGCUGAAGAGUGUCAGUCUGAAGAGACAGGACAAUAUGGUGGAGCAGAAAAUCACCCUGCUGGGCGUGAAGCGUGUACGAGACCUCCUGUACAACAAAACAGACAGUGUGCUGUCUUUGGAAAAGAGGAAGUCCGAGCUGCAGACUGCCAUGAAAGAGAGAGAGAAAGAGAUCAAGGACUACAUCAAAAUGCUCAGCCAGCAGCUCAAAAGCACUGAGCAGGAAAAACAAAAACUCAGUGCUGAACUGCAUAAACAACUGAUGAAGAUUGACAAAAUGAAGAGUCGUUUUGAGGUCAUGGUUCUUCAGAUGGCUGUGCCUGAGGGGGAAGAGGAGAAGUCUCAGGCCUACUACAUCACUAAGGCUGCCAUGGAAAAAGAGGAGCUCAAGCGGAAAGGAGAUGAUAUAGAUGCCAAAGUCCGCAAGAUGGAACUGGAAACCAAAGCUCUGGAGAACACUGUCCUGUUGUUCAACUGCGGGUUAAACUCAUUUCGCAGCUCUCUUGGCAAAAAUAAAGAGUCCACUCCUGAGUACCAGAAAAAACUGAAGCUGGAGGAACAGCUGAGGGCCUCAGAGAAGAUGCUGAAGUACAAAAAACAACAAGUCCAAGAUCUGCAACAAGACCUGCAGGAGCUGACCGCUUCUCUGGAGACUCUGAUGCAAGAAGAAAAGGCAGAGAAAGAGAAGAUCCAUCACAAACAGACCCUCACUGGUAAACUGAACAAAGACAUUGCUUCCCUGCAGGAGAAAAUUGGCAGAGCCACAAAGCAGUGCUCUAAACUGACCAAAGAGAUCCGCUCAGCGAAGAACACUAAAACUGAGACUCUUGAGGAGCAGGACGUCAAACUGAAGGAGUUAAAGGAGUUUAACAAAAAUAUCAACAAGAUGCUGAAUGAAGCCGUUAAGGACAAUUCUGAACUCCGAUUAGUGCUGGACAAAUACCUCCUGCAGGCCAACCUGCAUCUUCCAGCUCCUUCCUCCAUCGUCAGCAGCCAGCGAAGCUCUCGGAUGAACGUUUCCCGCGACUCUGCCUCCUUCAGGUCUCCAUUCAUUCAGUCCUCAGCUGGCAGCAGCCCUGGAGGAUCUGCACAGUCUUCCUCACAGCUGAGGAAGAUCAACCUGAAGUUGGAUCUGACCGGUGCCUCUCCUCCUCCCGUCUCCUCCAGAGCUUCUACCUCUGCAAGCAGCAGCAGCAGCAGCAGGUCAAAGCACUAA